CCAAUGCAACAAUUCUGUUAAAACGUUAGCACAGUGAACCCAUUGUUGACAUCGUCAACACAUCGAUUUGUGCAUCAAUAGCCUAUGCAUAUGCGCAUUAGUUCCAAAAUACAACAAACUCGAGGCGCAAACUCGUCCUAAAUCGCCACCCGAGUUCGUAGAUUAAGAAUUUCGGUUUUGUAUUGAUCCGCGAAAAGAUAAGUUUAAUGAAACUGACCGUGAUGUUUGGCUAUUUACGAAAGUGAUGGGAUUGUGUGGAUAAACCCGCAACAUGUCAAAGACGUCGUCUCGAAUACCCACGUUCCGGUCGAAGCCUCCCCAACUCAAGCCCAAGCCCCUUGAAAUAACCCCGAAAGACAUCGGCAAGAAAGUCCGCGUGGUCGAAAAAGAAGGCACUCUCCGGUACGUCGGCAACGUUCACUUCUCCACCGGCGUAUGGUGUGGUGUCGAACUUUCCAGUUCCUUGGGCAAGAACGAUGGCGUCGUUAACGGUGUCCGCUACUUCGCUUGUCCGCAGAGCUGCGGCUUGAUGGCGCCACUGUCCAAAGUCUCGCUCCUCGAAGGCCACGACAACAUAGAAGAUGGGAUUUCAGGCCCCUACAGCAUGCUCUUCAUCAACCAGAAGGACGAAACUUACAAAGCAGACUCCACCGAAGAGGACAUCCUCAACCAGACCGUGAUAGAAGUGUCCCAAGACAACCGUUUCAAGAGCAAGAACGACCUCAACGGCGAGACGGAAGCCGAGUUGGAGAACCACAAGUCGUGCGAGAACCUCUUCACGGAGUUGGCGGUGGAGGUGAAACGGAGGCGGACGGCGACGAAGAUCGACAACGCGGUGUUGCACUCGAUCGAGAAGCCGUCGUCGCUGCCGCAGCUGAGGACUAACCAGAGUUUCGGCUCGUUCGAGUUUGGGAGUGCGGCGUUGGCGGCGUUGAGUAAGUUCAGUCACUCGACGCCGGUGCGCGGGGAGUUCGAGGAGUCGCUGCUGAGGAAGCUGCAGCUGACGACGACGAGUACUAUAGACGAUGAUGGGAGUAAGAGGGACUCGUUAGAGUUUGAGGAGAGUCUGGGGAUUCUCACUCCCGAGCAAAUGGUGGAUGGGAUGAGCUUCAUGUCUGUGAUAAACUCCAGAACACCAAGUUCGGAAUGUAUUGGGGAAAUUAAAGAGAAGGCGGAUUUGCCGAGUCCGGGGACUAAUCCGGGGGCGAAAACGGAACUUCCGAGUCCGAAUCUUGUGGACGCUAGCGUUACGGACUUUAGUCUUGGGAUCAUUGAUGAGCAAUUAAUCAGUAAUUUAACACUAAAAACUGACACCACGAUGAAUAUGGAGUUGCCUCUAGACACCAUUGAUAAAUCCAAAGACUUUACUUUAACGAGGUUGGAGCAGACUCCGUCACCGGAAGAUCUGCCUCUAGAUCCGACACCAAUCGUGGAGAGCGACCCCAAAACAGAACCCAGCAAAUCAAAAACUUCCAAUAGCUUUAUAACUAGUAUAACUAGCAUCACUAGUUUAGAUACAGGGUACCAAGGUGAUGGGGAGAUGUCUAGACCGGCUAGUAGAGGCGCCGACAACUCCCCCUUGACACGACGACCUCUCCCCAGACCCCAAACCCGGCGUCCUGACCCCAUGACAGACUCCGACUUUUACACGGAAAGCGACGCCGACAACCACGAGGAAAACCCACUAAGAGGCGACCGAAGAGCACAAGUCAUUGACGGGACCCUCUACGGAGUGGACCCUCAAGCCGCCGCCGACAUCUACGUCAACAACCGCGAAAACAUGGACUCCAGUGGCAUCUUCACCGACAUUGAAUCCAACACGCGGAACGAAGAGGAUCCUCGAGAUGCCAGCAACCUGGCGACCGACGUCUCCCCUUCGGACACCUCCUCCAAAACCAUCUCCGGGAACAGUCAAAACAACAUCCAAGAAAUUCUAGAAAAAGCCGCCGCCAACGUCGAAGACAAAGAACAAACAAAAAUCCAGAAAGAAAAUCCGAAGAAGCGCAACGCUCCAAGUCCUGUGGUGUCAAGCCCCAGUGUGCGUUCCCCAAGACACGCCAAAGAGGAAAACGUUUCGAAAAAAUUCAAGCUGCCUAAGCGCGAAGUCCCCUCGAAGGUUAAAGCCAUGCUGGAGUCGAGUCCUCAAGGGGAGAAGAAAAUUUCGACUAAGAAAACCGUCGGUAGGUGGGAUGCUGUGAUGAAUAAAAUCUCCAAGACUGAGCAAAAAACCAACCUGAAAGAGGUUAAAUCAAAAGUGUUUAGUAGCGUGAAUGUGGGGAAUGUCCAGAGGCAGAACGAAGUGAGGAAAGUGGGACCUCGGCAGGCGGCUAGUCAAAAGUCACCAAACACCAAGUUGAGGAGGGUUAGGGCUCGGACUGGGAGCGCAACCACGAAGAACAACGUAGAAAGUAGCAUCCAUAGUUCUUUCAGCGAUAUAAGUGCUUCAGGAACGCCGCCGAAAACUACAGUGGGGUCGUCGAAGAAGCGGGAAGUGGUGCAAGUUACUCAGGUUUUGACGGCGUCGAAGUUGUCGCCGAGGCCUGCACAGCAAAAUGCGACGGAUAGUAAGAAGACGACCCCGACCUCUUCCAUAAGCGAAUCGAAGCCUAAACGAAUCCCGUCAGUACUCAAAGACAAAAAACAGCCAUCCAAAGAGUGUGGAAGAGCUACCGUGAAGGGGGGCCGCACGUCGCCCGUAGUCCGGCCCCCCGUUCACCCCCGGGCCCCCGCCAAACCAGUCCCUAAAGUAGCAGAAGCUCUCGCAGUACUCGUCCAGCAUCUUGUGUUCAAUGUGGAAGCCUAUCAGGUUCCAGUUCUUAAAAAACAAGUUCAGAAACUCCGGAAUGAGACAGAUGAAUUUAGGGCAACGUGCCAACAUUUAGAAGACACUUUAGCAGAAGAGCGUACGAAUGGAAGAAAGCUUAUAGAAGAGGAGCGCGUGAGGUGUGCGAGUGAGAUAAGCGAAUUGGUGGAGCAGCAUAGGAAUCAAAUAGUAGAACUUAAUAGCAAACAGUAUGAAGUGGAGUUACGUCUUCACGAAGAAAAUGAGGCCAAUAAGCAAAUGUUGGCCAAACAGAACGAAGAGAAACUAUUAACUUUGAAAGUCGAAUUUCAAAAGUUACAAAAGACGCACGAAGAGUCUUUGGAUAUUUUAAGAGAAGAGAACGAUGCCAUUAGAGAGCAAAUAGAUGAAAAGAGUGCUCAAAUUGAAGAUGCGAAGCACGAAAGUCGCAAACUUAAAGACGACUAUGAAGCCAAAGAGAUGAAACUCAAGGAGCAAUUGCAAAGCGCGAGGUGCGAGAACCAGAAGCUGAAGCACGAACUGAGCAAACUUGAAGAGAAAUUCCAGGAGAAGUUAGAUGCAGCGCAAGAAGAAAUUGCUAGGCUGAGGGACGACAACGACAGGCUGCUGAGUUACAGCAACAUCAAAGAUAAGGGAAUUAGUAUUCAGGAGUUACAAUCGCUCCGGGUCGUCCUCGAACUAAAGCAAAACGAAGUCGGAGAACUGCGGCGAGCCCUCGCCGAAGCCAACCAGAAGAACGAAACCCUAGCAGCCGCCGAAGAAAAAUCCGCUUCGAUGAGCGCCAGGUGCGAGGACCUCCAGCUCCAACUACAAAGAAAAUCAGAACUUGAACAGAGUCUAAUCGCCGAAAACAAAAAACUCUACGAAAACUUCAAAGAAGAAAUCAACCAAAACAAAAGACUGUGCCAGCACAACGAAGAGCUCAAGUGGAAACUCAAGCAGAACAAGGAGGUGGUGAGCAAGGUGCUCGAGCAGGCCGCCGAGGAGUCGCACUUCAGCCGCUCGUUCCUCAGCUCGAGCUUCAACGAGCGCCACCUCUCCUCCAACAAGCAGAGCCUCGAGCGCGCCCUGUCCUUCCGGGAGAAGAACAGCGACCGGUCCUGGAAGUCCGACCUGUCCCCGCCGUCGUCGCCGAAGGUCAAGGGCGUGGUGGAGAAGUCGGACUCCGUGAGCUACGUGCUGGACUUGGACGAGAGCCCCGACGUGGUGGCGUCGCGCAUCGUCCGCCGCAGCUUCCGCAACUCCACGCCCCCCAAGACCACCCCCACGAAGUCGCCGUCCAACAAGAGGCCGCGCAUGAAGUUCCCGCUGAGUCUGAGCGCGUCGGCGAGCGCCAUCCUGCCGUCGAACUCCUCGAGGAGUCGCAACGGCGAGUUCGACGGGGAGAGCGCGUGGGUGACGAGCACGCCGAAGCGGCAGGACGACGAUUUGGACUUGGAUUUGGACGAGGACGACUUGAAGCUGCCGGCGCUGCCCAGCGAGAUGGGGAGGAAGAACGGGGCGCAGGCGCUGCCGAGUCCCAAGCACUUGGCGGGGGAGGCGAUGAUCUCCGAGAGCAAUUCCGAGGAUGAGAGCACGAGUUCUUCGAGUGUGCAGUUGUGAGACGAACUUUCGUUUUAGGUGCUUACGGACUGCCCUAAUCGUGUAACCACUAUAGUGUAUUGAUUUUAUUAUUGUGUAACUUUUUUUAAUACUUUUUGUAAGUUUUUUAAAGCCCAUAUACUACUCGCAGAAAUACAAUAGUUUUAUUUGGCGAUUUUUUUUUUCUUUAUUUUUAUUUUUCUUGAAUAGGUUGUGAUCUUUUGUAUAUUAAUAUUAGAUAUUACUUCUUAUACACAGUAUUAAUGUUGGAUGAUGAAGCCUUUUUUAGUACAAUAUUGCUUAUACUUAACUAUGGAUAAUGUGUAUAUUUUUAUGUAUAUGAUGAUGACGUUCAUUGUUUUUGUUUAUUGUUGCCCUUUCAAGUGUCUAUGGAAUUAUUUAUUUAAUGCGUCUAGGUGAGGAAUGGUGAUGUAUGUAUUUUCAAUUGUUAGGACCAACAUAGAUUUCCACUUUUCAUAUUUAUUGUAUAAAGUUGCAGAUGUUCGUUUAUGAUCAAGUUACUGAUAAUAUUGUACAAUAAAUUUAUUAACUAGAAUGAAAUAAA